CAUACCAGCGCGACUUCAGUCGCGCCUGCCAGUUCGGCACCGGCGAGGAGCACAAUGGCGACGAGUGUUUCCGGCACAUCUCGCGCGACAUGCGCGUGCCCAACACGCGCACUGACAACGCGAUGCGGGCCACCAGCCUGGUCGCCUGUCAGCAGGAGUGCAAGCGGGCCGGCUGCAACACGCUCAGUUACAAACUGACUACAUUCGCGGCCGAGAUGAACUGUCGGCUGAGCCGCGACCUGCUGACGUCACGUGACCUCAUCUCGGACGCCGAGCAUGACACCUAUAAUCGGCAGGACAACCCGCGCUGCGAUGACAGCGGUGGUCCCGGCCCUGGGCCCGGCCCUGGGCCCGGCCCGGGCCCCAGCGGUCCUGGCAGCCUCGGCGGCUGCUACCGGCUGGUGGGGCCGAACCUGCGCCACCGGGACCGACACGUGCACGGUGCCGUCAUGGUGACCACCCGGCGCCAGUGUGAAGACGAGUGCUCGCGGCUGCGCGGCUGCACCACCUUCAGCUACAGGAACGGCUACAGCCGCACCGAAAACUGCCUGUUGAGCCGUGACAACGCACAGCAGAUCACCAUGCUGCUGGAACUGAUGGUGACAGCGCCAACCCGGGGCUGGGGCGUAAUGUUUCCAGUUGGAAUCCGAGCUCUAGCCAGUGUCUGA